UAAAUAAAUUUUAUGUAUAUUUAUUUGUGAGAGAAUAUUUUAAAACUAAUUAUGAGAUAUUAAUAUUUAAAAUAAUAUAUAAUUUUAUAUUUAAAUUUAAAUAACUGUAUAAGUUACAAAUUGUAAAGAAUUAUAUAAUAAUAAUACAUCAAAUGAAUAAUUAAUAAAGUUAUGUUAAUUUUACAUUUUGUUUUCAUCCUGAUUGUUGUGGUGUUAUGCAAGUCAGAUGAUAAGCCAAGUACAGCAUACUACCAGCCCCAACAAAUUCACUUAUCAUUUGGAGCAAGCAAGAGCGAAAUUAUUGUAACAUGGGUUACAUUUAAUAAAACUGAAUCCAUUGUAAAGUAUGGAAUAAAUAGAUUGAAUACUUCGGUCAAUGGAAGUGUCACUCUAUUUACUGACGGAGGGACUGAGAAAAGACUAUUAUAUAUACAUAGAGUUGAAUUGAUAGGACUUGAACUCGGAGUUAAAUACCAAUAUCACUGCGGGAGUAGAGAGGGCUGGAGUUCUUUGUAUAUGUUGACCACAUUGAAGGAAGGGGUUGACUGGAGUCCUAAAAUUGCAAUUUAUGGUGAUUUGGGUAAUGUUUUGGCAGAAAGUUUAGCCCCACUUCAGGAGGAGGCGCAGGAAGGAGUGUAUGACAUGAUUAUGCAUUUGGGUGAUUUUGCUUAUGAUUUGCAUGACGACAACGCAAGAGUUGGCGAUGAGUUCUUCAGACAAAUCGAGACAAUGGCGGCGUAUGUGCCCUAUCAGGCCUGUCCCGGCAAUCAUGAUAAUUUCUCCAAUUAUGACAACAGAUUCUCAUUGAAGUCCGAGGGAAGUACUCUUAUAAAUAACCACUACUGGAGCUAUAACAUAGGCCCGGCUCAUUUCAUUUCAUUCUCUACGGAGUUUUACUAUUAUGAAAAAUAUAAGAUUGAAACUGGCCCUGAGCAAUUGAAGUAUCAAUACGAUUGGUUAGAAAAUGAUUUAAAAGAAGCGAAUAAACCCGAAAACCGGGAGAAACGUCCCUGGAUUGUGACUAUGGGUCACAGACCUCCCUAUGGACUCAACUCAAUGGAUGAUAAAAUAAGAUUAGGCAUAAAAGUAAAUGAAAGUCGUUUGUAUGGUUUGGAAGAUCUAUUUUACAGACAUGGGGUCGACAUUCAAUUCUGGGCUCACGAACACAUAUACGCAAGACUUUGGCCCAUAUAUAACAACACUGUAUUCAAUGACACUCAA